UACAGUCAGUCGUCAGUCAGAGCUCACACUUUUUUUCUUUGCAUCCCAAAAUGGUCUGGUCAACCCGUACCGAUCUCCAAUGUUUAGGAGGAAUCGCUUCCGGAUCUUCCGGUCAAGUUUAUCACGCAUAUGGGCAACUGGAAAGAAAGGAAUUCGCCGUUAAGCGACUUCGCAUCCAAAAUUCUGCACAACUUGCUCAACUAAUAAAAGAAGUAAAUAUUUUGAUAGAGUUGAGUCAUCCCAACGUGAACAGAUAUUUUGACAGUUGGAGUGAAGGUGCAAAGGAGGAGGGAGGCUGGAGGUCGGUCACCUCAGCAAGUAAUUCGCAACUUCUCUUCAUUAAAUUGGAGCUUUGUUCGACAAACUUAAAGGACUAUUUACGCGAUAAAAUACCCACGCAGGGGUUAAAAGUGCACCAUCGAGAUGUCAUCCAAUUAAGCAUAAUUCCGCAAAUUCUUAACGGACUGCGUUACAUUCAUGGAGAAGGGAUCGUGCACAGAGACCUAAAGCCGGACAAUAUUUUCAUGAUUGAAUCCGAGUCUGGACUUACCGUUAAAAUUGGCGACUUUGGUUUGGCCGUGUUUAUUGCAAGUGAUGCCGAAAUUGUGAAAAGGGUUGGAUCGGAAUUAUAUAAAUGUCCGGAGGGUGAAUUGCAAAGUGAGAAAAGUGAUAUGUUUUCGGCCGGAUUAAUGUUUUUGGAAAUUUUGUACGCGUUUGAAAAUGCGAAGGAACGAAGUACCGCAUUUGACAAGGUUCGAACUGGUAGGUACGAGUGGACUGGAUUUAAGGACAUGCAAGAAUUUAUGACCUGGGUAAAAUUAGCGGUGAUAAGCAUGACGAAAGUUGAAGCGGAUGAGAGGCCUAGUGCUGAAUCGAUUUUGGAAAUGAUGAAGUCAACGAGUUCUGUCACCCGGCAGACUCGUCCACCUGUACCUCACGUUACCAUGGAAACUGAACAAGUCGAGGGACGCGUUCCCCACAACUUGACCAAGUUUAUCGGAAGAAAGGCAGAACUUGCGUAUCUUCGCAAUCUGACAGAAAACUACAGCGUCGUCGGAGUCUUUGGAACUUCUGGAAUUGGUAAAUCUUCCAUCUGCCAAGAAUUCGUAAGUCGUCACCAUUUAACCCGAACAGUUUGGUUGGAUGCCUCCAAUCGAAUGAAAUUACGGUCAUCUUUACUCAGCAAGAUUACCGACGGUAGAAAUAUCGUGAGCAGAAUGUCAUUAACCCAGCUAUUCAGACUCGUCUUAAACAAAAUGUCGGUGUCCAAUUGUCCCGAAAUUUUGGUCGUACUUGACAAUUACUUGGAUCAAUUUUGUCCCAUUAAAAUGCACAAUGAUAAUCUUAAUCAGGGCAAUCAAACCUCCUUUAGUUAUACGGAACAUUUAGUUCAAAAGCUAAAAUUGGCAACGUUUCAGCUUUCAAGCGGCCAAAUUGUUCCCACUCAAUCAGAAAUUUCCAUCCCUGAUACCGUCCCUUUAUUACGGAACGACGAACAAAAUGAGACACUUGACCACUCCGUCCUCUCAGAAGAGCGCAAUGAAAUGGCUAAAUUUAUCCAAAAUAUUGCCGGAAUACAUUCAACCGGACAAAAAGUUGUUGUCCUAAUUACCACCAUUUCCCAAGUCAAUUUGCCUAAUGUAGCCAAGAGAUUUAAGUUGAACCCUCUAAUUUCUAGCGACGCCGUGGAGUUAAUAAACUCCAGUUUUGGCUUUCCUUUAAAUGAUCCCUCUUCUACGGUCACCUUUGCCACAAAAUUGCUAAAUUUUCCGCUCUAUAUUACCCAAGCUGGCGCAAUUUACCGGAAUGAUAAUCAAGUCCACGACCUGGCUCACUUUUCCGAAACAUAUUUGUCCCAUAUCGACCGCGUCAAGUUUAAUUGUACCACGGCCACGUAUAAAUAUUCGGUCGUUCCAAUCCCACAAAUUAUGACGAAACUAGACGUUACGGUCAUCUCGGUCUUGUGCAUUUUGUCAUAUUGUCCAAUUAAGAUCAAGUCCUCCAUACUGACUACUUUUAUGACGGAAUUGUUAGCCAAUUUGGUAGGUGGUUCCGCUACGUCCGUCCCCGAAUGCCUCUCAAUUUUAGAAGGUUACGGUUUAAUCUCGCAGGACCUGGGUCCCUGCAAAACUGUGACGAUGCAUUCCCUCUAUCAAAGCGAGGUAUUCGAUUGUCUCACCCAAUUAAACUUGCAAGACAGCUUUUUGUUCGAGUUAAGCCGUGUCCUUAAUCUAAAACUGCAAAGGUUUAAUAAGAUACCAGAAGAACAUGGAGAUUCCGAUAUGCAUCAAUAUGCCAGUCUGGCAUCCUCAAUUUUUGCCAUGUACGAGACACACUGCACCAAAGGAAUCUUUCCUUGCUUGCAUAUCCCCCUAUUUUUGGACAACACGUGCACUCAACUCUACACGAGGACACGAUACGUAAAAUUGGAAAACAUCCUGGAAAAUGUGAUCAAUGAAAUCACAGAAAAUCCAACAUUAGUCGAUGACUCAGCCAAUCGAGAAGCAUUUGCACAGUUAUCUAAUCGCUACAUUUACUCGGCAGCCUACAGUUACAUGGAAUUCACGAAAUGUAUCCAUCAGUUGCUCAGGGUGAGACGGAUCAUGCCAAACUUUUGCAUAACAUCGGGGCAAAAUCACGCCCAGUUCACGGGUCGAAUCUAUGUCACGUUUAUGUUGGCCUUGGCCGUGUUCAUGGUCGCCAUGGUAACGGUUCCUUUUACCCUCUCGACUGGUCAUGAUCCGUACUCUGUCGUUUCAUGGGUUGACGACGUAACGGUCUCGUCACUCGUGGCGGCGUCCGCGUGUGUCUCCGGAGUUCAGGUGUACAUCCUGCUGACAAUUUGCAACUCCUGGUUGCGAAUAUUUUUGCAAUAUGGAUUAAUGGGGGUUUACCUUGGCUGCUAUUUUGUCUUUGAGAGUGUAGUGAAACAUUAUAAUGGGUCAUCUCGAGGAGAAAAUGAAUACGCAAAAUUCGUCAUUAUCAUUGUUGCGUAUACAUUAAUCUUCUGCCACAUUGCAAAACCAACGCUGGCCAUAAUUUACUCCAGUGUGAAGUUUGCUGUGAGAAGUGAGCGACGUGUGGGUAGGAUUGGGCUGUUAAUUUUUAAAAAUUGUCACCUUGAAUUGGUUAACUUCUUGUUUAUUGGUGUCGUAUUGGUGAUGGUGUGCUAUACGUAUCCUGCCAGUGUUAAGUGGGGAAGCAAUGUGGAAAUGUAUGCAAUAAUGGGUGCAAUUGUGGGUGUCACGAUGUUAAUAUUUUUCAUACUUUUGGUCACCAUGUUUCGAAAUUUUAUAUCAUUUUCGUUAUGGUUGUCGCAUAAGUGGGCGGAAAUGCAGAUAAAUUCUUAAAUUUAUGUGUAUAAUUGUAUUGGUUAUUUUGUUAAGAUUAUAAAUAGUAGAUUUUAUUAUUAUGCAGCUUUGAGUAGUAGAAAAUUUGUGGUAUUUAUUUUCGAAAUAAUAAGAAAUUAAAGGUUACUAGAGUUCAGCUUAACGUUGUAUAUAAAAAAAUGACUACUGUAUAUUAAAUAUACAAUACAAGGAAAUUAUUCUUACAAUUGUGAUUCAAAAUACUUAAUCGAUGCACUUAACCCAUAAGCAACAAUUUUUGAAAUUGGAUAGGUUCUUGCGAAGACUAAAAAAUCGCAUCCUUAGGUUUAAGUAGUGUAAAAUUAGCAAUACAGGAAGCAGAAAUCUUUUUUAAUGCCAAAGUCUGACAUGUACUGCAUAAUUUUAGACAUAGCAUUCACCAUGAUAAAAUUAAAUAGUUUCCGUCCAUACUCGAAAUAAGUAAAUAAUCCAGCCCUUCCGAUACUUACAUAUUAACUUGUUAAAUAAACGAAAUGCUUAGGAUUAAUUGAAUAAGCACGUAUUGUAUAAAAUACAUUAUUUCAAAGUUUAAUGAGACAUAUGUAAUAUAAGGAUGACUCGUGUAUAAAUAAAUCAUAAUCAAUACCUUUUGUGUAGCUAUCUGUCAUACAAUAGAUUACGAUGCCAAUAUUUUUAGCCCGAGUCAGGGCUUAUGGAACCGUCAUGUCCGUCCGUCUGUCUGUCCGGCACGAUAGAGCCAAAACGGCUGAACCGAUUGACUUGAAAUUUUUACCACAUGC